CUCUUCUUCUUCCCUCUCCCUCUUUCACCUAACCUCGCAAGCAAAAUAAAACAUCUUUCGAGUAGGUCUAAAAAUGGCGUCAAAGAAGGCAAGAAAACAAAACCGAGCUGAGAAGAAACUCAAAAGAAACCAUUUCAAGAAACAACUUCCACAACACAAGAACACCGACAAAACUACUGUUCUCGAUCAUACUUCUUCAUCUACUGCUGUCUCUCCAUGUUCUUCCAUAACGACGUCGUUCGCUCCGCAAGAUUCCAGCUACCCUGCUCCCUCUCCUUCUCCGGCGGUGUUGAAGUCACCAGAUGAAGGUGGCGGCGAUGGUUGUUGUACCCCGAAAGCUCAGAAGUCUCGGAUACCGGAGAUGCUGACGUGUCCACCAGCGCCGAAGAAGCAAAGAGUCUCAAAGAACUGCGUGUUACGGCGGAGACAGAUCGUUUUCUUUGCUCCUGCGGAGAUAGAGCUCUUCUUCGUCAAAGCAUACGAUUGACGAACAUAUCUGAACUAAUAUUUGUAGUAUUUUUCGUUAUUUGUGAUACGAUCGAUCGAUAGAGAAAGUAGUAUGAGAAGAUGAGUAACGUUUCAUCUCUUUGAUUUUGUUAAUACAAUAACGAAGGGUGUAUUAUAAUGUUUUGAGUGAUGUUUUUAUUUUUCUUAUUAUUUUGGUUUGUUUAACAUUUUGUUCCUUUGGCGCUUGUUUUUUGGAUUAAUUUGAAUGAAGUCGAUUUGAGUUUU